AUGAAUUGCCUGCGAAAAAUACCGAUGCGUAUGAUUGUUAAUGGAGUCCAACGUCAGCAACAAUGCAUGCCCAGCUCCACAGGUGCCAUGUCAGCACUCACUGUACUCACGGAGGAUGAGCGAGUGAUGAAGGAGACAGUUGCCAAGUUGGCACAGGAACAAAUUGCGCCGUUAGUCAAAAAAAUGGAUGAGGAACACAAAUUCGAUCCGUCUGUGGUGAAAGCAGUUUUUGAGAAUGGCUUAAUGGGUAUUGAAGUUGAUCCUGAUCUGGGGGGUAGUGGUUGUAACUUUCUUACCACAAUUUUGGCGGUCGAAGAGCUCUCCAAAGUAGAUCCGGCUGUUGGUGCUUUCGUAGAUAUUCAUAACACCCUGGUCGUAUCUCUAAUGAUGAAAGUCGGCAGUGAAGAGCAAAAAAAUAAGUACUUACCUAAAUUGUCGCAGGAAUAUGCUGGCAGUUUUGCUUUAACCGAACCUGGAGCAGGCUCAGAUGCGUUUGGUCUGAAAACUAUUGCCAAAAAGGAUGGUAGUCACUAUGUGAUUAACGGUACAAAAAUGUGGAUUUCCAACUCCGAUGUAGCUGGCGUUUUCCUAGUCUUCGCCAAUGCCAAGCCCGAAGCGGGCUAUCGUGGCAUUACCACAUUCAUUGUCGAUCGUGAAAUACCCGGUGUGAUUGUGAAUAAACCGGAAAAUAAGUUGGGUAUUUGCGCAUCCGGCACCUGCAUGGUCACCUUCGAUAAUGUCCGCAUACCCGAAGAGAAUAUACUGGGUGAAUUCGGACACGGCUACAAAUAUGCUGCGGGUUUCUUAAAUGAAGGCCGGAUCGGUAUUGGUGCCCAAAUGGUGGGUCUUGCUCAAGGUUGUUUUGAUCACACCAUUCCCUAUUUACUGGAACGCAAACAGUUCGGCAAGGAAAUAUACGAUUUCCAAUCGAUGCAACAUCAAAUUGCUGCAGUUGCUACAGAGAUUGAGGCAGCUCGUUUGCUUACAUACAAUGCAGCACGUCUGAAGGAGCAAGACAGACCAUUCCUUAAAGAAGCCGCUAUGGCCAAACUCUUCGCUUCUGAGGCGGCACAACGUGCCACUAUCAAAUGCAUUGACUGGAUGGGUGGGGUCGGUUUCACACGUGAUUUCCCACAGGAGAAAUACUACCGUGAUGUUAAGAUUGGAUCCAUCUAUGAAGGUACAACCAACAUGCAACUGAGCACCAUUGCUAAGGUGAUCAAGAAAGAGUACACCAAGUAAACCGGAUAAGUAAUAUCGUAACAGAUAUGAAAAGUGCAUUUAUAAGUGUAUUGUCUGCACCUAUGUACAUAUAUACAUGCAUAUGUAUGACGAUCGCUUGCUAAUCAUCGUGUUGCAUUUUAUUUGGAUAGCAAUUUCUUCCCUCCAAACUAUAAUAGGCAUCAUGCUGUAAACUACAGGAAAAAUUGUAGAUAUUUACAUGUUAUACAGACGUAUAAUAAUACAUUUUUUAAUUUAAUACAUAUGCUUUUAUGUACAUAUGUAUGUAUCUAAGCUAAGUAUAUAAUAAUAAUAUAUUACAUUUUUAAGAGGUUGCCAGAAAUUUUGUAAGUGACGCUUAUGUAGGAUAUACAAUGAAAUAUGUGCAUUUAUUAAAAGUUUACUAAGUAUACA